AUGUGGCAUUUCAGGCUCUGGGAUGUCCAAGAUGUUGCUGUGUUUCUCAGCAUCACAUUAUAUAUGUGUUACCUAGCCGGAGCCAUCUCCAUCCACUCUCCCCAGAGGAGCCUGACCAGGUCGGUGCAGGACGAUGUGUUUUUCUCAGUGGACGUUUCCUGCAGUGGGGUACCAACCAUACAAUGGACCUUUAUGUCAGGGGCAGUGAGCCGCACCAUUGGGACUUGGCAGCCGGGGUCGUACACCAACAUAACAGUGGAUUACGAGGGCAGAGUGCAGUCCUUCGACAAUGGCUCGAUGGGCCUGUCGGACUUGCGGCUGCAGGAUGCCGGAUACUACGUGGUCACUGUCUCAGAAGCGGCAGGAAGCAGCAAGGACACUGGCUUUGUCCUGAAAGUGAACGAGGUGCUGUAUGAGGAUCUCCAGUACCUGUCCGUCUCUGCCUUAGCACUGGCCUGUUUGGCCGGCCUUCUCAUGCUGGCCAUGUGGCUGCUGGACAAGGCCUACAGGAAGAUAGUGGCAUGGAGACGGAGAAAACAGAUGCCAGAAACCAACGCGACAGAGCUGCAGCGUCUUUGA